GGACUGAAUUUCUCCCGAGCUUUCACAUUCUCCCACCAAACUUCUCUCUCCUACCUCCCAUUGAAAUAAAGAAAGAAAGAAAAAAAGACGGUGUAUGAAAUCGUGUGAUGUGAUCACAUGUUAUGCACCAUAGACCGAGUUUUUAUUUCUUUUUCUUGUAAUAAACGAGAAAAACUAGAAACGAAAGGAAGUUAGCGGCUUUGUGAUAAGGUCGAUAAGAAUCAAGUGCACACAUUCGAGAAAGAAAGAAAAUAUUAUUUUUUACUUUUACAAGUGAGGGGGGAGGGGGGUUGUUGUUCCCGAUUUCACCGUGAAAGCGACAUGAAAAGAUCAUUUAUUUCGUCAUUUUGAGCCAAUUGCUGCAUUUGAAUGGUUACAUUGGUAAUGGCCACUCUUGUAAGGUUUUGUUGAGUGCUUUUUUUUUUUUCUUUCUUUCUUGCCUAUCCGUAACGUGAAAAACCUCAGUGACCUAAAGUUUUGAACAGGAGAAAAAAUAAAAAUGCCGCCUCCACCUCCGCCACCCGGACCUCCUCCGCCACCAUCUUUCGGCGCCAAAGGACCAGCAAAAAUGGGCAAAUCGGGAGGUGGCGAAGAUCGUAACCAGCUGCUCAACUCGAUCCGCCAGGGAGCGGCCUUGAAGAAAACGGUAACCAACGAUCGCAGUGCGCCCAUCAUCGAAGGCAAAAGCAACAACAACAAACCCAAUGGACCGAAACCAUUUUCGGUACCGAAUUCUUCCGCCAGUAACGGGACAGGGGCACCUCAAUUGGGCGGACUGUUUGCUGGUGGAAUGCCAGUUUUGAAAGCAACAGGCAGAGGUCGAUUGGGUCCGGCGAAUCAGCCUUCAAGUGGCCCAGGUGGUUUGAGCAGAACUCCGUCAACAGAAACUGUACCCACGGUGUCGACGUCAUGGAAGCCUAAAACACUUAAUGGCUCCACAUCCGGCUCAUCCAUCUCGUCCCCGUCAUCAGUCAACCGAGGCCCUCCCCCUCAGCCUCCCCCAGCUAGCAGGAAACCGUCGCUCGUGGCAAGUGACGCAACGGAUAAUUCAUCCGUCAGCCGGAAUCCGCCAACUAUCCCUACAAAACCGCCGACAUUGAAUUUUGGCAAACCCAAUUUGGCGCCCAAACCGCCCCCUGCCGAAUCGAAACCUACCAGUCCAGUUCCACCGGCUACCGGACGAGGUGGAGUUACUCCGUCUAAGCGGCCGUCUCCUCCGCCUAAAUCGCCCAGCAUUGCGAGUAUGAGCCUGAAUUGGCCGGUCAAUCCAACCAGCCCACCUCCACCACCGCCACCCAGUUCCAAACCGACGGUCGUUCGGGCGCAGAGUCUUCGUUCGGCUAAACCUGGAGUUCCAGGAAAUUCAGAUUCUGAAGAAUCUAUCAUUGAUAGCCAAGAAAGGCGGAAUCAAAGUUCACAGGACAUUUCCUCGCCUCCAGUUGCGCCUCCUCCGCCACCCAACAGAUACGCGACGCUACCACGUAAUGCAGUUCCGCCGGCGGGAAUCUCCGGAGCCCCUCGUGGACCAUUGCCACCCGUUCCACGCGUUCCGAUGGCCAACGGUGUUCAUUCCAGUCCGGCUAAAAUACGGCCACCUUCAGUACGUCCGCCACCGCCUCCACAGCGGAUCAAUCCUCCUGCUUCGAUUCCACCUCCGCCUCCUUCUAGUGCCCCUCCACCACCUCCACCGCAUCGGAUGAGUCCUGCUCCUCCACCGCCUUCUGCUAUGUCCAAUAGCCGAUCCCCUAGUAUCUAUAACAACAACAGCGGACCUCCGACUCCGCCAACUAGAGGAUCCUCCAUGCAGCGGAGUAGCGGAUCGAUGACGUCACUGUCUUCCAUGGUCGUCCCUCCACCGCCGCCGCCACCACCGCCCAGUCUGGCCAACGCCUUCCAGCAGUCAGCCGAAGCGAAAGAUUUCGAAUCACGAUUUGCAGGUCGCUUCCGCCCGCUGAACCAUCUGCCGCCACCGGAACCUUUUAUUGGCUUCGCGAAAAAUUAUCCAACUCGUCAACUAAUCAACCAGAGUAUGAAACGCCAGCAAGCGCCGCAACCGCCGACGAUGGAGCAGAAUUCCGGAUCACGGUGGCCUAGUAGCAACGCGGCUCCUUGCUGAUAAAAACAUAAAUGUCGAGCUUUAGCAAAGAACAAUAAGACAUUGUGUGCGUGUUUGCUUUCGUGAAUCACUGUGAUCGUCCUUGAGCCCAUUGACGUUGGGAAACACCAAGCUCGUCUUUGUCAUUACUAUUUGCAUGUGAAGAUCGGAUGGAUGAAGGAGUUGACUGGAAAUUCGAGAGAGGAAGAAAGAAAAAAGUGCCACAUCCAGCCAUAUUAUAUCGAUUUUUUUGUUGUUGUUGGUGAAGAAAACGUGAUGAAAUUUCGUCUUAGAACAUCUUUCCGCGUGCAUGACAUUCUUCUUCGUUUAAUUUCUUAGUUUUCUGUUAAAUAUAGUUCGUGAGAGGGAGGAAAAAAUUAAAGAGAGAGAAGGGGGUAUCCAUUUUGUAAAUAGUUUAAUCCCGUCCCAUAUAGUCAACAACGCGAUCAUUUCUUCCUCCCAUUUUUUGUUUUUUUGUUUUCAAAUAUUUCCGUCAUUGGGAAACGAAGUGCGCUUACAUCCAUUUUCCUUCAUGUCUUGUAUUUCUGAUUUCCCCAUGAAUUUUUAAAGGGCUGCCUGAGCGUAUGGUAUGAGAAAGUCGACACAAUCAAGUGUAAGAAGAGCUUUUCGCGUGUCACGCCCGUUUUUUAACGAGCGGCACCCAGCUUGAAAAAAAACAAAAAGACGGAAAUAUAUAUAUAUAUAUGUAUCCUCCCUUAAAAUAAAAACAAAAGUGUGCGUGUGUUCGUAAGAGAGCAGUAUGUAUAUCGCAGCCAAUCCUUUUUCCUCCUCUUUUGAGUCGAUAUGAAUUUAUUAUAAAUAUGCCUCUACAUAUUUUUCCUGCCCUUUUUAUGGUCUUUUCCUUACACAUUCUUCUCUUAUAGUAUACAUGAAGCCUACAUGUCUUUAAUCAAUCGAUUUGCAUCCCGUCGUUUGUUAUUAUUAUAAAUAAUAAAUAUGCCCAGAAUAACAACGAAAACAUCACGUUUAAA